UAGUUUUGGAUCUAAUAACAGCUAUAUCGUUUUGCUACAUCGUCUCGAAAGAACUGAGAGUGAAGGUUGACUUGCUGAUUCGUCCAGAGCUGAAGCAGUAACCUCCAUAGAAGCCGACAAAUUCUUCCAAACCGAGAUCAGUACGGACCGUCUGAAACGAUGUGCAUGUAUAUAUGAAACAUAACACAGUCAAACAAAAGCAGAGAAGAAAAGAUGCAGAUGAGAUAUCUUGCAGUGUUUCUGAUACUGCUUCUUCCAAUCUCAAGUUCAGCUUCUACCUUGUUUGAAAAGAAAUUCAAGGAGUGCUUCAUAAAUCAACUUGAUGGGAAUUCUGAAUCCAUUGAAAAAAUCAUCUUCACCACAUCCUCUUCACUCUAUACACCAAUCUUGGAAUCAUUGGAGCAGAAUCCUAGAUGGUUGAAUUCUUCAAGGAACCCUCUUCUCAUUCUGUCACCUUUCCAUGAAUCAGAAAUUCAAGCAGGCAUCAGAUGCAGCAAAGAACUUGGGUUGCAGCUCAAAGUCAGAAGUGGUGGUCAUGAUUAUGAAGGGCUAUCAUACCUCAGUAAGACCCCAUUUGUCAUGGUUGACCUCAUCAACAUCCGUUCCAUUCAAAUUAACCUUGCUGAUGAAACAGCUUGGGUUCAGGCUGGGGCAUCAGUAGGUGAACUUUACUACAAAAUCUCAAAGUAUAGUAAAGUUCAUGGAUUCCCUGCAGGAACCUGUCCAAGUGUAGGGAUGGGUGGGCAUAUCAGUGGAGGGGGACAAGGUACCAUUAUGAGAAAAUAUGGCCUGGCAGCAGACCGUGUUGUUGAUGCUUAUCUCAUUGAUGCAAAUGGGAAGAUUCAUGAUAGAAAAACCAUGGGAGAAGAUGUUUUCUGGGCCAUAAGAGGAGGUUGUGCUACCAGUUAUGGAGUCAUCCUUGCAUGGAAGAUCAGGUUGGUGAGAGUUCCAGCUCUUGUUACAGUGUUCAAUGUUGAAAGAACAUUGGAGGAAGGAGCCAACAAUCUGAUUCACAGGUGGCAACACAUAGCACCCGAACUGCAUGAGGAUCUUUUCAUCAGAGUAGUUGCUCAAAACAGUGGUGACAAAUCAAAGACAUUUAAAGCAGUCUUCAACUCUUUGUUCCUUGGAGGAAUAGACAGGUUGUUGCCACUGAUGAAUGAGAGUUUCUCAGAACUGGGAUUGCAGGCCAAAGACUGCAUUGAAAUGAACUGGAUUCAAUCAGUUAUGUUCAUUGCUGGAUACAACAAAGAUGACCCUCUAGAACUCUUGCUCGACAGAACUACCACAUUCAAAAGCUCUUUCAAGGCCAAGUCUGACUAUGUAAAGGAGCCAAUACCAGAAUCUGGUCUAGAAGGAGCUUGGAAAAUGGUUGCCGAGGAAGAUACAGUAGCAAUGCUGAUAUUGGAACCUUAUGGUGGCAGAAUGAGUGAAAUUUCAGAAUCUGAAAUCCCAUUUCCGCACAGAAAGGGAAACUUGUACAACAUACAGUACUUGGUGAAGUGGGAAGUGAAUAGCAAGGAAGCAUCCAAGAGGCAUGAACUUUGGGCUAAAAUGAUUUACAAAUACAUGACUCCUUAUGUCUCAAAAUCUCCUAGAGCUUCUUACUUCAACUAUAAGGAUCUUGAUUUAGGCCAAAACGAGCUUCACAACACAAGCUACUCAAAGGCUAGUGUUUGGGGCAAGAAGUACUUCAAGGGUAACUUCAGAAGAUUGGCACAGAUCAAAACAAAGUUUGACCCUCAAAAUUUUUUCAGGGAUGAACAGAGUAUUCCUCUCCUGAAGUCCUUUUUGAACAUAAAGGGCAUACAUGACAUUAUUGGGAGGAACUGGAAAAAUUGUCUGGUACUUCAAUUAUGUUAGUAUUAUGAUCAACCCUGAGUAAGGGAUGCAAAUUCAAAAUGGAUAUGGUGAAUUUUCGUAGUGGGUGUGGAGUUCUAUAACACUUCAACAAGAUGUCACAAGAUACAUAAGAUUGUUUCCUCUUGCCAGUUAUGUUAGUCUAGUGCAUCACAUUGGAUUACUUUCAAUGGUGAAGUGUUGAAUGUUGUAAUUUUGCACUGCACAUUUAAUCAAAUUUUGUUAGACUUAAUUACAA